AGAGAGAGCUAGCGGAGGCAAGGAGAAGAAGUGAAAGAGGGGGACAAUGUUUGAGUCCUGGUGUUAGUGGAGAAGAGGUUGAAGAAGUGGAAGUUGAACCCGUCAAGGUAGUAAUAAUGGGGGGAACCAAAGGCAAGAUGGCACUCAAGCCCGCCAGUUGAAAGAAACGGCGAAGGUUGAGGACGCCCCGAUGACGAUGGGGUACUAUAUGGCCCCAAGGUCGACGUACAUUCAAUCGCCAAUCCUACAUCCUCCAGUGGCGGCAAACAAUUUCGAGAUCAAGCCGGCUCUAGUGACUAUGACACAAAGUAAUGCUCUAUUCCAAGGCAUUGAGAGCAAGUCACCGAGAGAGCACGUGCAAAGUUUAUUGGAGUUCGCGGGGAGCUUGAAAAUCAAUGGUGUGUUGGCCGAAGCUUUGACACAAAGUAAUGCUCUUUCCCAUACUCACUCUCGAGGAAAGCACUUAGGUGGCUAAACAACCGCCCACCUCCGUCAAUCACCUCAUGGGAUGACCUCCUCAACAAGUUUAUGGCUCGCUAUUGCCCUCCUUCGAAGACGGCGGAGUGGAAGAAGAAGAUUACCCAUUUCGAGCAAGAAGAGGGCGAGAGCUUGAGGGAUGCUUGGGAGAGAUACUCCGAUUACUUUCUUCAGUGCCCUCACCACGGGUUUGAAGAACAGUUUCAGAUCGAAACCUUCUACGGAGGCCUAAUGCAAGAAGAUAAAAUUCUCAUUGACUCCUUGUGUCAAGGGAAAUUGAUGAAUCUGGCUCCACCCCAAAUAACCGAGAUACUUGAAGACAUGGCCCUUAGGGGAUACGACUGGGGGUUGACAAGAAGUGGAAGAAGAAGUAACGAAAGGGGAGUGAGAAGCGUGGGAGCGAGUGCUCCGCUUGAGGCGAAGUUGGAUAAGUUGAUAGAGGUUAUGCUUGAAGAUAAGAGGCAAGGAAAAAGGCCGGUAAUGUCGUGCGACUGGUGCUCGAGCACUAGCCAUUAGAUGGCGGAGUGUCAAGCAAUGAAGGAGGCAACCACUCUGGAGGAGCAAGUCAACUUCGUGGCAAAUGCUUGGGUUAACAAUCUGUAUAGCAAUACUUAUAACCCCAGAUGGAGGAACCACCACAACUUUUCUUAGGCAUCACAGACAAAUCCAAGGCCCCACGGAAAAUUUCCAACCUCGACCAACCUUCAUCCAAUAAAGGCGUCAAAUUAAA